AUGUCGACUUCCAUCGUCCAUGCCCCGCCUGUUGGGCUGGGUCUUUCGCCGACUAAGUCGAACCUCACACAACAAAUCGAACAGAGCGAGGGCGAACGUACCCCUAGAUCCUCUCGAGCAUCCACCAAAGGCUCCCCAAAGCCACGCUCUCUCUCAGACGCUCCCAAGCCCGUCCUCUCCCCUUCGCCUGCCUUUCGAGAACCUCUGAGACGAAUCUCCAAGGAUGACUCGGCUAUUACGACUCCCACCACGCCCGUUCGUCCUCCAGUCCAUGCUCGGGGUCUAUCCCUCCAUAUGCCGUCUAAAGACACCUCAGGAACAAGCACAGGUGCCACCAUACCGCGGAUUCCGUUAUCGCCCAAACUAGAUUCUUCCUAUGUCUAUGGUUCACCCUCGUCCAUGCUCCCCAGAAGAUCGCGAGGGCUGGACUAUACAAGAGCGUGUACCAAUCUACACCAUUCUACGUUGGCAGAAGCAUCUCCUGAUGCCUCGCCAGUUACUGGGAGAGGAAUACAAAUACCACAAAGGAGAAGUCUCGGGAGUAAUGUGCUUGACUCCCCAAGCAAUCAAUCAAAUGCUUUGUGGUCCUUGACAAAUGAUAGAACAAACCUGUCAAGCUCCGUUAGCUCUGUUAACAUGUUGGGCUCUGACUCUGAGUCUGAAUCUGACACUUCUUCAGAUGACAUGGCUAUCGACCGUGAAAUGGAUGAAGCGAUCUUGAGCACACCUGCGGCGUCGAGACUGAAUCCAGGUCCCACACCGGCCUGGGUGAACAGCCCCGGAAUGGAAUGGAUGAACACCCAACCGUCUCCGGCACAGGCAAGCCUGAUGAGUUUCCAACCCAAUCUGCUGAGUUUCAGGAGAGCCCGUACACGGAAGGGGAAAAGUCAACACAGCUCCAGCAGUGUGAGCAUGCAUAGCUCUAAGCCGUCACCGGGACCCUUGUCACCUGGUGUCUUGAAAAGUGUCGAGAGCGCAGGUGGCAGUUACUUUGGAACGGGCUUGACCAAACAGCAAGUCCAGUCUCGGCGUGAGAGUCUGAGUCUGGGCACAAACGAUCUGCAUCUUUCAGAUAGCGAAGACAACAACACUGCCCAAACAACUGGGGGCCAGUCUCUUUCGGACAUGGACGGUGGCGAGGAUCCCAGAAAGGUCAUUCGCAGAGCUGUUACCCGCCGAAGCAAUCUGCUCCCCAAAACAAAAGGCUUUGCUCGAAUUCGUGCACAGCUAUUGGAAGAAGCCGCUCCUAUCGAGAGUGAAGCGCGACGUGAGGCAGAAGUCAUUCGCCAAGUCCAUGAGAAUGAGCCGGCCGUUUCCCAACCAAAGUCGCCGAUUAUCGCUGGCCAUCAGACCAACACCUUCUUGGCCGAGCCGAUAGAGGAGUCGAUCGAGGAUAUGGUCAUGGACAACAAAAAUCUGCUGCCUCCUGAUAGCUUCAGUCGCCAGGCCGAGAGGAACUCCGCGGGAAUGGGGUUUUGGAACGGGUUCGAUGGGCGCUAUCGAACACCACCGCCAUCUUUACAACAGCGUGACAGCUCUUCCGCCAUCAGUGAUGAUAUGAUAGAGACUCCAGGUUCCUCACUUGUCGAUAACCCUGCCCUCAGGCAUUUCAACCGAUCCAGAUCGAGAUCGACCACUCCGUUGGCCUCUAACCCGCCUACCGCAGGAGAUGUCGCCCGGCGAGUCAACAACAAGAGACGACGCGAAGAGGACUUUGAUCCAUCAUACACCAAACGCCGAGCAGUGUCCCCCGGCAUGAGCGUCCAAAGCAGCCCUAUCCUGCCGCAAAGCCCUGUUCUAACAAGUGACAAAACAUGGUCCAAACUGCCGUCGAAGGGAUCCGGACAUAGGCAUGGUGAUCGCAGCAAUAGCGGGACCAGUCAUAAUGGGACAAAGAAAGUUGGGUUGCAAGGCAUGACCGAGACGAACGAAGGCAUCAUGAGUAUGAGCAUCGAUUAG